UUGUUUUUGUUUUGUGUUUUUGAAAAACAAAGCAACACACACAUACACACAUGUUCUUCGUUGCUGCUUCGUUGGGUUUAUAAGCUUUCUUUUUCUUUCUUUUCAUUUCUUGCUUUUCCAAAAGUCAAACCACAAAAAUAUAUUUACAAGCAAAAUGGAGAAUCUACCUCCUGGUUAUCGUCCCAAUGUUGGUGUUUGUCUAAUCAACUCGGAUAAUCUGGUAUUUGUAGCUUCUAGAUUGAAUGUUCCUGGAGCAUGGCAGAUGCCACAGGGAGGCAUUGAAGAUGGGGAAGAUCCAAAGUCAGCAGCCAUGAGAGAGUUACAAGAAGAAACUGGGGUCGUUUCAGCUGAAAUAGUCUCCGAGGUCCCAAGUUGGUUGACAUAUGAUUUCCCACCUGCAGUAAAAGCAAAGGUAAACCGUCUUUGGGGCGGUGAAUGGCACGGUCAAGCACAGAAAUGGUUUUUAGUGAGACUGAGGAACGAUGAGGACGAAAGAGAGAUCAAUCUAGCGAACAAUGAAGCGGAUUCGGAGUUUGCGGAGUGGAAAUGGGCGAAACCGGAAGAAGUAAUAGAGCAAGCUGUGGAUUACAAAAGGCCAACGUACGAAGAAGUCAUCAAGACUUUUGGUUCGUUCUUGAAUGAUACAGGAAGAGCUGCUAAAUGUAAAUCAGCCAAGUGGUAAUAUAAGAAAACAGAAAAAGCAAUGUUUGUCUUUUUGUAAUUUUUGUAAACUGUUGGUUUUCUUCUUUUUGGGGGUGGGUUCUUUUUAGUAGAACCCUUUUGGAAUGCAAAAGCUUUUUCACUAGGGGUGUUUCUUUUGUAAAUUGGUUGGUUAUUGGUACUAGAAGGUUUUGGUUUUUGUUCUUUUUUAACAUGGGGUUAUUGUAAUAAUGUCUUUGUUUGGAUUCAGAAAGAAAUAAGUUGUGUAUGUGUUCAUAA